AGGGACUGUAGAGGAAACGAGUGUUUUAGAAUAACACCCAUAUGCCAGGCGGUGUCUUCACGGGAAUAAUAUCCUAAAUUGUCUUCAGAAAAGACAUUUAGAGGAAGAUGAAAACUUCCCCACGUCAGACGAGGACACCGGUGGGCUGUUGACAAAUGGCGGGGUCAGACUGCCAUCCUGCUGCUGUUUCUCAGGGAUGCAAAAGUUAUAAAAUGUGACCAUAAAACUUCUCCGAGAGACAGGAAAGAGCGACGCUGUGGCUGGGAGCGCCUUUUUUUUCCCAGAUGGAAACAGACCUGAGGCUGGAGUCAAGCCUGUGGGUCGGCAACAAGAGAUACCGGGCGGUGCUGACAGGCUGGCAUUUCAAAUGGACCGAGGUAGAUAAGAAGAAUCGCGAUAAGAAAACAAUUUCAGUACCUGUGGCGGAGGUGGUUGGAGUGGAGGACGGCUGGGUGGAGAUCCUGCCCCAGAAGUCCGUAGAGGACAAAGAGAAAGACUUCACAGUUUUCUAUGUGAAGCGCAGCAGCAGUGGGGGCUCUCCAGGGUUGCUAUGGAGACUGGGCCGGACCCAGUUCAGCUGUCCUAGUCGGGUCCUCAGAGACCAGUGGACAAAACACCUAAGAACUGCUCUCAAAACUCACAGCCCUUUACGCCCACAUAAACUGUUGGUGUUUAUCAACCCCUAUGGAGGAAAGAAGAAAGGAAGAAAGAUCUACCAUUCUGUGGUUGCCCCUCUGUUUGAGCUGGCUGGUAUCAGUUCUCAUGUAAUCGUGACUGAGCGGGCGAACCAGGCCAGAGACCACCUCCUGAAGAAAGACCUGACAGGCUUUGACGGUGUGGUGUGUGUGGGUGGGGAUGGCAUGUUCAGUGAAAUACUUCACGGUUUGAUUGGGCGGACGCAACAAGAGGCAGGCCUUUGUGAGAAUGAUCCUGCUGUUACUUUACAGCCUUGCCCGCUUCAUAUUGGCAUCAUCCCUGCAGGUUCUACAGACUGUGUGUGUUAUGCCACAGUGGGAGUCAUCGACCCUGUUACUUCAGCUUUGCACAUAAUCAUCGGAGACUCUCAGCCUUUGGAUGUGUGUACAGUUCAUCACGCCUCCACUCUGGUGCGCUACUCUGUGUCUCUGGUGGGUUAUGGCUUCUAUGGGGAUGUGCUGGCUGAGAGUGAAAAACAUCGCUGGAUGGGACCUCUCAGAUACGACUAUUCAGGCACAGUGGUGUACCUGAGCAACAGAAGCUAUGUAGGCAUAGUUCAGUACCUACCAGCAGACCCACUGCUCUCCAGCCCUAGAGAUAAAACACGCUGCCUUUCAGGGUGCAGUGUGUGCUCCAGAAGCACAGAAAGACUAUUUCCCCACUCCUCAGAUUCAGGAUCCCUGUCCAGUUCCCACUUCAGCCUGUAUAGUAGUGACUCAGAAGGUGAGUGGGUUAGUGUGGAGGGCAAGUUCAGGUGUGUGUCUCUGACUUGUAUGUCCAGCUCGUGUCCCAAGAGUCCUCAGGGCCUCUCUCCGUCCGCUCACCUGGCAGACGGAACAGGGGACCUCAUUCUGGUGUGGGACGCUCACCCGCUGAGCUUCCUCAAGUUCCUCUACAGGCACACGAGCACACAGGACCAGUUUGACCUGCCGUUUGUGGAGGUCCACCGUGUAAAGGCUGUCCGUUUCUCCCUCCCUUCUGGCAAGGAGGAGGAAGCGUACGAGGAGAUUGCGGGACAGAGUGGUGAGACACAUGAAGUGGAGAGAGGAUACCUGGAGACUGUGAGCAGGAGUGGCUCUCGGCAGCACUUGGCAGAGAGAAGCGAGGGCCGAGAAACAACAAACGAGCAGAAAGCAACGGCCCCUUUCCUGUGUGGCCUGUGCUGCAGUAAAUCUCCGUCUGUGUCAGUGUGGAACUGCGACGGAGAGAUUCUGCCCUUUACCGAGAUCUUCUGCAGGAUUCACGGCCAGUUGGUGCGUCUGUAUGCCAGGGGCAUUGAGGAUGGCUCAGCCAUGCACGACUGCAGUGAGGACAGUGACAAGUGUGAAAGAAGAUGCAUCCUAAACAAAUAGUCUCACCUAUGAGAGAAAGAAUGAGACUUGCAGCCAAAGAGUUCCUAAUAUUUCAGGUGCUUUUCUAGGUUUUCUCAUUACAAUAAAGAAAAAUGAUUAUUUAUUCUUAAAUAAGCAUGUGUUUGUGGAAUACGUCUCCUUAAAACACUAUUAAAAGACUUGCUAAAUAAUACACUUAUCUGUGGUGCAGGUUUUUUCUGCACCUAUUUAAACCAGUACUGUGUACCAUGUGUGUGUAUGCAGUUGUUGUUCUGUACAUUUUAUUCAUGGUCACUUGAGCUUCCAGAGAAGAAAGUCAUGGCAAAUGCCAACAGAAGUUAAAAGACAAAAAACAUCUUUAUACAAUAAAAAGACUGACCUGA